UUGGGAGAGACGACACUACAACUAGCUACAUUACUGCUCGCCCUCAGCUCUGGACACACUACGACAUACACUGCGACAACACUCACAGCGUGCACUUUACUGUUAGAGACGACGGCCGACUACAUUACUGUCCUCGGGCGACUGGCUAAACAACAAAAUCUCCUUUAUUUUCUGCUCGAAAGCAGCGCUGCUGCAAAAAAAGACAAAAUGAAGUUGUCAAGGAAGUAGGGCCGGUUUGUGUAGCGUUGCCAAGUGACGUUUAGAUGUUUCAAUGCGCAUGCUCAUUUUUAAUGAGCGCGCGCACCCACGUGGCCGGCUAGCUGACAAAGGCUCCUAGUAAGGAGACAAGACAGGGAUGACCUACUGAACAUGAUGCAGUAGUACAAUGGAUGAUGGCCACAUACUUUGAACUGACAUGCUUGCUCGUUCCAAUGUCGAAGCUCUGUUGUUGAUGAGUGACAAAGACUUCUCAGAAGUUGGUCUUCCACAGG